GUGUACUGAAAGUUGUCUCCCAGGAUACACCAAACUCAUGAGAGAGGGAGCACCAGUUUGCUGCUAUGACUGUUCUCCAUGCAUGGAGGGAACAAUCUCCACCCAGGAAAAUGAAGCUCACUGCAAAAAGUGUCCAGAUGACCAGCAUUCCAAUAAGAAGCGAGAUCAAUGUGUCCCCAAAGUUGUAAGCUUCCUAUCUUAUCAAGAAAUGUUGGGUCUUAUUCUGGCUCUCACUGCCUCUCUUUUGUCUCUUACCACUGCCUUUGUUCUGUGGAUCUUCAUUAAACACCGAGAAACUCCCAUAGUCAAAGCCAACAACCGGGAUAUCACCUACAUUCUCUUGGUCUCUCUCCUGCUUUCCUUCUUGACUUCCCUUCUAUUCAUUGGUCACCCCAAGAAAGUGACCUGCCUUCUUCGACAAACCACCUUUAGUGUUGUUUUUUCAGUUGCCGUAUCUUCUUUGCUGGCCAAGACUGUCAUGGUGGUGAUAGUAUUUCUGGCCACAAGGCCAGGUAGCAGGAUGAGGAAAUGGCUGAGGAAGACUCUGGCCAACUCCAUUGUCUUGUCCUGUUCUGGGAUUCAGGUGGGCAUCUGCAUCAUAUGGCUGGGAAUCUCUCCCCCAUUCCCAGAUUCUGACCUACGUUCCCAACCAGGACACAUCCUGUUGCAAUGUAAUGAAGGCUCAAUCACCAUGUUCUCCUCUGCCCUUGGCUACAUGGGCUUUCUGGCUGCCAUCUGCUUCUUGGUGGCUUUCAUGGCCCGCAAACUUCCAGGGAACUUCAAUGAAGCCAAGUUGAUCACCUUCAGCAUGCUGGUUUUCUGCAGCGUUUGGGUCUCCUUUGUCCCCACCUACCUGAGCACCAAAGGGAAAUACAUGGUGGCUGUGCAGAUCUUCUCCAGCCUGGCCUCCAGCCUGGGCUUACUGGGCUGCAUUUUCAUCCCCAAAUGCUAUAUCAUUAUCCUGAGACCUGACCUGAACACCAAAGGGCAGUUAAGG